ACUACUGUUCGAGAUAUGGUCGAGCUUACAGCUAUUGGUUUCUUAAGACAACUAUAAGAAAGAUAAAAGUUAAGAAUUUUAGUGUUUCGUGCUAAAAUUAAGUGACUUUCAUUGUUUGUAGUGAGAAGAAAGAAGAAAUGUGAGAAUCAGUGAAGACUCAAAAGUUUUUUCAAAUCUAAGAAAACCUAGACGAAAAUUUCUUCUUCUCCAUUGACAUAUUGUCAGUCUUUAUCAUCAUUUCUUCUGAUUAAAAAUUUUAAAACUUUAUGUUGAGUUAGAUUAAAUGUUCUUCUUUUUAAAAGUUCUAUUAAAUUUCAACAACAAAGUUAAAACAAUAGAGGAAAAGUAAAAUUUAUUUCAUAUUUUUCAUUCUUCAAAAAGAGAUCAAAAAUGUCUGAAAUUUUAUCUGUUGUAAACGGAAAAAAGAAGUCAAAAAAAGCUAGCAAUAUUGGAACUUCAUCCAGUAAUGAAAUCAUUUCUGGUUCCUUGAAUACAGCCAAAUCGCAAACGAAUCGUAUUGGGCCCCGCAUUUAUAAAUGUGUUAUUCUAGGCGAUGGAGGAGUUGGAAAAUCUGCUGUAACAUUGCAGUUUGUGUCGCAUAGUUUUCUUGAUUAUCAUGAUCCAACUAUUGAGGAUUCGUAUCAACAACAGGCAAUCAUUGAUGGAGAACCAGCUCUGUUGGAUAUUUUAGAUACUGCAGGCCAAGUUGAGUUUACAGCAAUGCGAGACCAAUAUAUGCGAUGUGGUGAAGGCUUUAUAAUAUGUUAUUCGAUAUGCGAUCGUCACAGUUUUCAAGAAGCAUCUGAAUACAGAAAACUGAUUGCUCGAGUGAGACUCACUGAAGAUAUUCCUUUAGUUCUUGUUGCCAACAAACUCGAUCUUCAAUCACAACGAAAAGUAUCUGUCGAAGAAGGAAAGGCUCUUGCCAUGCAAUUUGGAUGUCCAUUUUAUGAAACGUCUGCUGCUCUGCGUUGUAAUGUUGAUGAAGUUUUUUAUACUCUCGUUCGUGAAAUUAGGAGAAAAGAAGCUCAAAAGGUAGCCGCUGCAAAUUCAAACGAUACAAGCUCAGAAAAAAUUCCACCAUUAAGUCGUACAAAACGAAUUUGUUAUGUUCUUAAGCAGAAAGAAAUUCACAAAAUUUCAACACAUAAAAACGAUAAAGUAGAAAGCAAAUCUCAACAUUUAAUUUCAUCAAAUAAAAUCUUUUAUGAAACAGAAAUCUCAUUCACGUUAAAGAGUUUUGAUCAGCAUCCAAAAAUAUAUCUGACAAUACAUUGA